AAGAGUAGGUGGGGCGGCAGACAGAUAGUCUGAAAUUUCCCCUCAGUCCUACUCGUCCUCUCCCGACUCCAAACCCUAGCACCCAAUUCGGCGGCCGCAGGCACAACACAAGCGACGAUGGCGGCGGUGCUUGUGCGGGAGCUUGGCGAGAUGGAGGAGCUCGUGGAGGAGAUCCUCAUCCGCCUCCCUAAGGACGAGCCUGGUAAUCUUCUCCGCUCCUCCCUCGUCUGCAAGCCAUGGCGCGGCCUCCUCGCCGGCGACGGCUUCCGUCGCCGCUACGGCGACUUCCACCAAACACCUCCCAUGCUUGGCUUCUUCCAAAACUGGCCGGAACCCUGCGCCGAAUUAUGGCCUACCACGGAUUUCCUCGCGCGUGACCUCGACCCCCAGCACCACUAUUCCGUGGAAGAUUGUCGCCACGGCCGGGUCCUCCUUCGGUACUUGGAUGAGGAUGCGAAUAUGGCAAGGCUGGUCGUCUGGGACCCCAUCACGGGCAGACAAACGGUGUUUGGCAGCCUCGAAAACGAAAUGUCGGCAACGGGAAGCUGGUCUGCCUCGGUGCUCUGUGCUGCGGACAACUGCCGCCACGGUGACUGCCAAUCGGGUCCAGUCCGCGUUGUUUUCGUCAUCCUUCACCAGGAAGAGCAGGUUGCUACGGCGUCCGUCUACUCAUCGGAGACGGCUAGUUGGAGCUCUCCGGCCGUCACCGACAUUGGUAUGUUUGAGGAUGAAGAUGAAAUCUGUUUCUGCACGCCUAGUGUACUCGCAGGAGACGCGCUCUAUUUCCUCCUGUUCCGGGACCAGGAUGUUGAAGAUUGCAGUAUUCUCGAAUACAACUUUGGAACCUCUUGUCUGUCAGAGAUUCAUCAUCCGGAAGAGAUGGAGGAUGCCAGCAACAGUCCUAUCCUCAUGGUGGGGGAAGACGGCAGGCUGGGGAUUGCACACCUCUUCUUUUUCUGCCUCUCCAUCUGGUGGAGGGAGGUGGAUCCCGAUGGAGGUGUGUCCUGGACACAACCGAGAGACAUCGACCUCCAGACUAUUCUUCCCGCUAGUGAUUUCACAGUAUCACCAGAGUUGGUUGGCUCCGUCGAGGGUACUGACAUCAUUUUUGUAACCACAAGUCUCGGCACCUACGAAAUUGAUCUCAAGUCACUAAGCUUGAAGAUGCUCUCAAGCAAGCUGGAUCAACAUCCACAUGUCAGAUGGACCCUCUUUCCCUACGUCAGCUUCUACCAUCCUCCAGCGGCGGCUGGUGGUGUUCUGGCUGAAGCAUCAAGUGAUGAAGAACCUGGGCAUGGCAAUGAGGAAGCAGAAGUCUCAAGCAUUGAAGAAGUUUAGAUUGAAGAGUUGGCGUCUGGAAUUGUGGCUGAAGCAUCAAGUGAAGCUUGACAUAGCAACGAGGAAGCAAAAGUCUCAAGCAUUGAAAUUCAGUUUGCUGUUUUGGUGCUUGUCUUUCGUUGGUUUUCAAAGUUAAUUAGAUGGGAUACUGGUGUGAGUUUGAUGGGUGAUGCUAGACUUGUGUUAUCAUGUCUUGUUAAUUCUCUAUUUUUGUUAGCCAUGCUAUGGAUGUUUUUGUUGUUCAAUGUUCAAACCCUGAUUCCA